CGACCUUUGGGGUGUCAGUGCCCCUUGAAAGGCGGCUUCAACACACCAAGUGGACGGGUACGGCUUUUUGCCUUAUGCUAAUUGAAAUUGCAUAUGAUCUAAAAUGACUUAUGACAUUUUUAAUGUUGCAGGUAUCCACAUAUUAUGUUUGUGAAGCCUUCAAUCACGACAAGGACAACAUCACCUUGAAGGCAAUGCCAGGGCUGACCGCUAGCCACCUUGACCCAAACGGUUUCGGGAAGAUGAGGGUUUCCCUUGCAUUCCAGCUUUUUGAGGACCGUGCACUGCGAGGUCUGCACCACUACAGGGACAUCAUCGAGUCAAGCCAUGGCAAGGGAGCAUUAGAUGGUACAGAGUUAUUCUUCAGAAUGAUGAACGAGCUGAUCAAGCUCAUGACUUCCCGCUUCAAGUCGGGAGCACUGUGGCCUAACUCGACAGGUCCUGCCUCAUUAACAAGCUUCCUCGAGUAUAUAACCAAGUGGGAGCAGAACACCAAGAACGGUGUUGGAUUCAUCAGCAAAUCUACUGCUCCUGGUUUCAGAGUCACCCUGACUAGUGUGUUAGCUUUGCUGGAGCAUGUAACCAAGGAACUUGGUUACCGGUACUUGAUGACUUGUUGCCUAAGCCAAGACCCUAUUGAAAACCUAUUUAGGAUUGUUCGUCAGUCAUCUGGCUGCAACGACCACCCAACACCGAAGCAGUUCUUGAUAACUGUAAACUGCCUAAGGUUUUACAGUCUGGCUAAGCCAGUGCAAGGCACUAGUGUUGAACCGUUGCUGCUGAAAGCGCUCCUUGACACCAGAGACACGUGCUCAUCUCAGUCCACAAGCCUGCAGCAAACUGUUGACACAUACUUUUCUCGAGGAGACAUUGAUGGUUUAACGAGUACCGCCUGCCAAGAUAGCGAUUCCUUCUCUGAGGAGCAUUCCAGCCUCGUAAAAAAAAAAAGAGUGAUGCACGCCUAGUGUACCAUAUGGCUGGCUAUGUUGCCAGAAAAUGUGUGGGAAAGUCCGGAUGCAACAUAUGUCGUGUAUUGUUGCUAGUUCCAGCCUCUGAAGGCAAAACAGACGUGCAUUCUGGCUUUACGGGAUUUUGUGACAGAGGUGGAUUAAUGUAUCCCUCAAAGGAGCUUUUUGACUUCAAAAACUACUUGGAGGACAUUUUCACCAAUUGCUUUAGCACAAGUCGACUACAUGCAAACAGUAUCCUGGAUGUACUGGCACUGGUUUGGGUUAAAGAAAAAAACACUCGGCUGCAUUGAUCACGAAGCAGACGUUAAGUCUAGCAUUGUAAAGUUCUAUAUUGUCACACGCCUCCACUUUCUGAUCAAAGGUAUCAAUAGGUCCAAAGAAGAAAGGCGAAAAAUGGUACAGCACUUGUAGGCACGUAGGUGCACAUGAUGUGGUGUAUGAAUGAUGAAGUCUUUCAAGCGACGCCAUAGUUCCGCUGAGAUGCAUGGUUUAGUCUCCUACCUCGUAGUGUAUUUGUUUUCUUGCAUGUCACUUCCAUGCAAAUUUUUUUUUUUUGUUUAUUGGUUUUUGCGUUUAUUACCAGAACACUUGACAUGUAUUUUGACAGUCUUCUGUUUUACAGUGUA